AUGGCGGUGCAGACAGAGGGUCAAGAUGAGCAGACAGUACAGCCUGGUCCCCCUGCCGCCAGCUCCCCCUCUACCCGCCGCUAUCACGCUCACCAUGACUUCAUGUUCCAGGCCCAGGGCUUGGGUUUUUCGGCCACCGUCCUCCUCAUCAAAAGUUCUCUCUCCAGGUAUCAAUUUACAGUGAACAUGAAAGGAAGAGAUCAGGAAUUACUACAAAAGGCCACGUCGCAGGCAACCAAGGAGGGACAGAGGACCAGCAUCCAUGCAGAGUCAGGGCAAGAAGAGGGGCCGCUGAAGACGACCCCCGGAGUGGGCAGGAGAGCAGAGACCAACCAGACCACGUCCUGCACCGAGCAGAGGGCAUCGCUGCAAAGACAGGAAAAGGACCAAACCGUGAACACAGCGCCACUAAGAGGUCAGGGUCAGGAAUUGACCUCUGUGCGGGCAGAGAAAGCUGUGCAGGCGAAUAGGGAUGGAGAGACCACCCAAAGACGGGACCAGCCCAGGAAACACCAGGGCGCCGCAGGGACCCAGGCAAAGACACUUCCGGCUUCCAGACUUCCAGGAGCCGACUUAGCAAAGACAAGCAGGGAAGCACUGGCCACAGCCCCUGUCCUAGCCAAGGACAAGGUAGCCCAGGUCACCCCCUCCCCUGGCCCCUGGCCAAGCCCUACCACGCAAAGACGCCAAAUAUUGAAGGCCAAAAACUUCAAGUCUGAGCCGCGGUGGGACUUUGAGGAAAAAUAUAGUUUUGAUGUGGGGGGCCUUCAGACGACCUGCCCCGACUCUGUGAAGGUCAGGGCCGCUAAAUCUCCAUGGCUCUGGAAUCUCUUUCUGCCCAAUCUUACUCUCUUCCUGGACUCCAGCCACUUCAACCAGAGUGAGUGGGACCGCCUGGAGCACUUUGCACCACCCUUUGGCUUCAUGGAACUCAAUCAGUCCUUGGUGCAGAAGGUCGUGGUGCGCUUCGCCCCGGUGCCUCAGCAGCAGCUGCUCCUGGCCAGCCUCCCUGCCGGGAGCUCCCGAUGCAUCACCUGUGCUGUGGUGGGCAACGGGGGCAUCCUCAACAACUCCCACGUGGGCCAGGAGAUAGACAGCCACGACUAUGUGUUCCGAUUGAGUGGAGCUGUCAUUAAGGGCUAUGAGCAGGAUGUGGGGACAAGAACAUCUUUCUAUGGCUUCACCACCUUCUCCCUGAGCCAGUCAAUCUUCCUCUUGGGCAAUCGGGGUUUCCAGCAGGUGCCUCUGGAUAAGGAUAUCCGCUACCUGCACUUCCUAGAAGGCAGCCGGGACUACGAGUGGCUGGAAACAAUUCUUCUCAAUCACACCCUGGAGAGGACGAAACUUUUCUGGAUCAGGCCCAGGUCCCAGGAGGCGCUCCGGGAAGCCUUGAACAUGAACAGAUACCUGUUGCUGCACCCCGACUUUCUCCGCUACAUGAAGAACAGGUUCCUGAGGUCAAAGUCCCUGGACACAGUCCACUGGAGGAUAUACCGCCCCACCACCGGUGCCUUUCUCCUGCUCAGUGCCCUUCAUCUCUGCGACAAGGUGAGUGCCUAUGGCUUCAUUACCAAGAACCACAGACGCUUCUCUGAACACUACUAUGAUAAGUCACUGAGGCGGCUGGUGUUUUACAUAAACCAUGACUUUGGGUUGGAGAAAAACGUCUGGAAGCGUCUGCAUGACGAAGGCAUCAUCCGGCUCUACCAGCGUCCCUAAACCGCCAAAGCACAGAAUGGAUGGAGGUGGGCUGUGGGCUCACAGGUACAGUGAGAGUCUCCCCUCCACCCCCUGCCCCCAUAUUCUCCAAGCUGGAACCAGCCCCAAGCCCUUCGAGACUCUCAAGGAGCAGCUGUAUAAAGGAGGACGCUCAAGAUAACAAGAGUGAUGGACGGGUUUGGAGUCCUGUGGAAAAUUGCUGCAGGUUCUG